CGGCGCAGGCCGAGCCGGGCCCGGAGCCCGGGCCGGAGCCCGACGGGAUGGGCCUCACCGACCUGCCGGGCGAGCUGCUCGAGCUCAUCCUCUGCAGCGACGUGCUGGGCGCCGCCGACAUCGGCCGCGUGUCGUGCACCUGCCGCCGCCUGCGCGAGGCGUGCCAGCCGCACGGCAAGGUGUGGCGGGAGCGCUUCCGCCUCAGGUGGCCAUCAUUACUGAAAUACUAUAGCCAAACAGAUGGUGUUAGCUGGCUUGAAGAAUACAAAGCACGGCACAAUGCUGGCUUAGAAGCCCAGAGAAUUGUAGCUUCAUUCUCAAAAAGAUUCUUUUCUGAACACGUCCCCUGUGAUGGAUUCAGUGACAUUGAGACUCUUGGAUGUCCAAGUCAUUUUUUUGAGGAUGAGCUGAUGUGUAUCCUUAACAUGGAAGGAAGGAAAGGUCUCACCUGGAAGUACUACGCAAAGAAAAUUCUGUAUUUCCUACGACAACAAAAUAUAUUAAAAAAUCUGAAGGAGUAUCUUCAACGCCCUACUGAUCAGCAGUCAUUUUUGGAGGGUGCUGUUUUAAUUGACCAGUACUGUAACCCUCUAUCAGACAUCUGCUUAAAAAGUGUCCAGGCACAGGUCGAUGAUAUCGCAGAUAAAGUGCGCAAAGUCCUGCGGACAAAAAAUCCAAGGCAUCCCAGCUUGGCUUCCAAGGCAGGAGAGGUCUUGAUUCCAGAAGUGGAGCUUCAGCGGCAGGUACUUGAUGCUAUGAAUUGUGUCCUAUAUGAGCAGCUAAAAUACAAAGGAAAUGAGUUGGAUUACUAUAACUCUCUGAAUUCAUACAUUCACCAGGUUUUGAUUCGCAGGACGGGUAUUCCAAUCAGUUUGUCUGUGCUUUAUUUAACAAUUGCCAGGCAGCUGGGAGUCAAACUUGAACCAGUCAACUUCCCUAGUCAUUUUCUGCUGCGAUGGUGUCAAGGGAAAGAAGGAAGUACAGAUAUCUUUGACUACGCCUACAUUGAUGCUUUUGGAAAGGGGAAGCAGUUGACGGUAAAGGAGUGCGAGUAUCUUAUCGGCCACCAUGUGACAGAAGAGUUCUAUGGAGUGGUGACUUCAAAGGAGGUCUUGCAGCGUAUGGUGGGAAAUCUCUUAAACCUUGGAAAGCGAGAAAGCACUGAUCAGUCUUAUCAACUCUUGAGAGACUCGUUGGAUCUGUACCUGGCCAUGUAUCCGGACAAUGUGCAGCAUCUAAUGCUCCAGGCUAGGUUAUACUUCCACCUGGGAAUCUGGCCAGAAAAGGUUCUGGACAUCUUGCAGCAUAUUCAGGCUUUGGACCCAUCCCAACAUGGGGCUGUUGGAUACUUAGUUCAACAUACUCUGGAACACAUUGAACGCCGGAAGGAGGAGGUGGGCCCUGAGGUGAAGCACCGAUCAGAUGAGAAGCACAAAGAAGUCUGCUUUUCUAUUGGGCUGAUUAUGAAACACAAGAGAUAUGGCUAUAACUGCGUGAUCUAUGGCUGGGAUCCUGCCUGCAUGAUGGGGCACGAAUGGAUCAGAAAUAUGAACGUCCACAGCCUUCCACACGGCCCUCACCAGCCUUUCUACAACGUGCUGGUGGAAGAUGGCUCUUGCAGAUACGCUGCUCAAGAGAACCUGGAACAUAACUCUGAGCCUCGGGAGAUCCCUCACCCUGACAUCGGCCGUUAUUUUUCAGAGUUUACUGGCAAUCACUACCUACCAAAUACCGAGCUAGAAAUUCGGUACCCAGAGGAUUUGGAGCUGACAUGUGCCACAGUUCAGAAGAUCUACAGUUCAAGCAAGGCGUGAGUGAAAAAGACAUUGCGAGGACAGAAGCAGCUGAAGCGUAGCUUUAUCCUCUUCACGAGAAUUGCCCAGAAGGCAAGUUUGGCGACAAUCCUUUGGCUUAAUGCAUUGAGAACUGCAUUGCACUUUGUAACCGGUGCUAUAGCAUCUUUCCAUUGCCUUUGUGCCCAUACUGGCCCAAAGGCACAAGGACAUAUUGGUAGUUGAGGCCAGGCGUAAGGAUCUUGCAGGGAUGGUCAUGCUAGGAAGCACGUUAUCCUUUAAGAAGGAUUUGCACAUACUUUUGUUGUGUGAAUGUCUUGCCUAGACUGUCGACACAGUGAGAUCCCUACUGUGGAAUAAGGAAGAACCCUUUCUUCCAGAAAAGGAAGUUGCUUGUCCUUGCAAUGUUGUUUUUUUUUUUUUUUUUUUUCCUUCUCCCUUAUGUGUAUCUCAUGCUGGUGGUCGUUUUAAAAUCUCUUACAUUUCACUGUCUUCUCCAGUCUGAAUUUUUGCUCAGAUUUUGCUUCACCUCCAUAGUCUGAUUAUUACCAUUCCGAUUCUGAACAUCCUUAUGGGCUCUGGCAUGUGCCCCAGCAACAAAAACAGAAACAGCAAGGCUCUUCGAUUGGCAAGUGUGAUGGUAACUCUGAAAUCCAGUUGACCAACUCACGGAUGGUACAAACUCGUCAUCAGAAGAUGAGAUCGUAGCUCUUUCCUGUGUCUGCUAAAUGAUCCCAGCCCGUGUUCUUACCCUUGUUUUUUGGUCUGUUCAUAAUGUGUGUUUGUGUGAGGUGGGAGCUGCAGCACAGCUGUGAAUGCUCACAGGACAUCUCUGAAUCGCAUUGCAGUGUUUUGUGGAAGCUUUGAGGUCAAUGCUGAUGUGACUGUUUGACCUGUGGGGAGCUUCUAGUCACUGUAGUCUCUGAUCUAUUGGUAUUCAUUACACUGGGAUCAUGACUGUGCAAGGAAACUGGCCAGCCUUGGAAUCAGCCAAACCAGGUGUGAAAAAGAUGCUCAUGCCUGCAGCUUGAGGCCUUCUUCCUUUUUGCCAAAAGAGAAUGGACUCCUGUGGAGGGUGAGGAGGGUUGACAUACUCCUGUACCCAAAGGGAAGUGCUUUAGCAGCCCAAGGCACAUGAAGACCAGCAAAACAGAGAGUUUUUUUCUAAGUCCAGGCAGGAUGGGGUGCGCAGACUGAUUCCAUGCACAUAUAGCAUAGCUUUGUGGCUCGUGAAGCAAGUCCUGUAGGCCAGCUGCAGCUAGUGUCUUCUCAUUAUGCAGCUGCAACACAGUAGUUAGGUCAGAGGUGAGAACUAGGUGUUAUGCCCUGUAGUGUUAGAUGGAUGCUCUUAGUUCUUUAUAACACUUCAAGUAUUGCCAUGCAAAGUCACACACCCUUCUUUUGAGAGAGCACUUGACCUGCAUGCCAUCCUUUUUGAAAUACUGAGCCCUAGUUAAAUAAGAGAAAUAAAUACUGAAAGCCCAGAGCUUUUCCCUGUGGAGCAGAGGUGGUCUGCAGGAAUCUUGGUGCUUUAGAAAGAAUAGUCCUGCGUAGUUAAUGCUGAGAAAUGGUGAAGAUGGUUGUACUCCAUGUAGCAUCUUUUAAGAAGCGUAGACUGAAGUGAGCUUAGGAGGGGGUGGAGGGGAAGCUUAGAUUUUUUUCCACAGAGGUAGAGUUGGUCCAGGUGAAAGCAGGGUAGGAGAACAUUUGGCAAAAUCUCAACCAGAACCCAUCCCCCUUUUAUCAAGGAUUGCAGCAGACUCUUCAAGCAGAUUCCAAGAGAUUCCUAAUUAGGAGGUAAGGUAUGGAAUGAGUCUGCUGGAACACAUGCCCGAAGCUGAGAGUAGGCACAGAGGAGCAGAGCUUGGACCCCUCUGCUCCCCAUCUCAGCUUUGAUGACCCUCACUAUAUGACAACAAAUACGCCAGUGAGUUUCCUGAGGCUUUAUGCUCCCCUCUGCCAAAGGGGCAGUCUGUUGACAUCUUGAGCACGUGAGGAGGUUUACCACAUAUAAAGGGUCCUCAGCACAAGGUGCUAUCUGAAUGCCAGGUAGAACUGUGCCAUAGAGUAGCCAUGGGAGUUGACACAAAGCUGGCCAAAGCUUCUCCAAAAACUGGUGCUUGACAAAUAUUUAAUCCAUUUAAAAAUCUGCUGUGUGCUUUAUAAGAUGAUGGGAGUCCCAGAGCAGCCCACAGAGCCCAUUAUGCCCAUCUUGCCAAGGGCACUCUUUUUCUAGUCUUUUAGAAAGAGUCCGUGCUGGAGGAAGCACGGGAACCGCUCCUGACCGCACUUCACAUGUGCUUCCCCCACCCACAGACUCAACGGUUUCCGGUUUUGCACGAGGUGUAACAGUCAGCGCAAGGAGAGUGUUAUCAUGUAAUAGUGGGUAGACAUACGAGUGAGUUAAGCUCACAGGCAGCCCAGUUAGCCUGACAACUAAUACCUCUCAUCUGUUCUGCAAACACUGUGUAGUCAGAGAAUCUCUGAUGGCAGGCAGACCUGUCUGAGCACACCACACUAGGGGAAAAAAAAACACAGCCAAGUGUCAGCUGGCAGUGAUGAAAGAAGGGUUUCAUAUAGCACCACCAAGGGUGGCUCUGCUGUGCAGAUGCUGAAAAAUGUCGGUGCAUGAUUGUGUAGGUUUUCAUGUUGUCCAGGUGCACUGACGUGUCCUUGUAUGCACCCAGUUUGGAAGAGGCUGAAGGCAUUUCAGUGUUCACUGCACAACAUCAGCAGCACAGGGUCCAAGUCAGUUUUGGGCCUUCAGACACAGCCAAAGGCAAAAGUACGUAGGUAAAAGCUAACCCUUCUUGUUCCUGUGGGGUGAAGUAGGCCAGCCGCCUCGUUCUGCGUUUCUGUUGCUGACUUUGGGAUAGGCUACGUUGCACGCUGUGAGUCUGUGUGCAGUUUUGGUCUUACUGAGGAGCAAUUCCCACGUAAGUAUUUGCAGCUGUGGGAGGCGUCAACCAAGCAUCCAAACUAGCCAGAGAAAACGAACACAAGGAUACCUCCCCAUCCCUGUUUGAGCAGCCUCUUAAAAUGCACAGUUCUGGCAGACUGAGCAUUGGAGGUCCAGCACAGCCAAGAAACAUGUCUUUGGGCUGACAGGUCACACAGUAGGUGUUUGCCUGUGCAUCGGGAGGCUCCUCCAUUUGUCUCUUCUGUCCAUCUCUCCUCCUGGCAGCGCAAGUGCUUUUGCAGCAGCCUCACUAACAUCAUGGUUUACUCAAGAAGACAGCAUUGGAUCCCAAAAGUUCUUUGUGAGUAAUGUCUGGGUCAGCAAGAAUGUGCAUAUGCUAGAGAUAUAUAUAUAUAUGUAUGUAUGUAUGUAUACGCAUAUACAUCAUGAUUUGUC